CAAUUUAAUUAAUGUGAAGUGAAAAAUUUGCGUAAAGAGUAUUAAAUGUAGUGAAAUAACUAGUUGUCAGAAGUCGAAUAUGUCGUAAACUAAGCGUAAUAUUUUUACUAUAUUUUUUAAUCAGGAAAACUUUCUCUUUCCAUCGGUACCUUCAGAUUGGGGCGGUAAAGAUAUCGGAAUAUAUGCAUAAAUAAAUCAAAUGGGAUUUAAAUUACAUAAGGGCAAUUCAGAAUCUGGUGCAAAUGGUCUUGCAUCUUUGCAAUUGCAAAUUAGGAAGCAUAUUUUUGCUUUUACACUAACAAAAUGUAUAGCGAUGUACCUGAUACACCCUUGAAAUAAGCAACACUAAAACGACAUUGUAUUAUUUGCAACACUGGUUUUCAAAUUAUCAGCUGCUGUCAAAAACAAAAACAUUGUAAACAAAGAGAAGAAAUGGAGCAAACCGGUUUGAAUAAAAUAAGGCUAAAACACGAAAAGUCGAAUAAAAAGUGGAUCGAAAAAGAAAUCCAGAGUUUACUGGAUUUCUUGCGGGAAGCUCCAGGAUUGUCCAUAAUUUCUUCAGCAGCUUCAUCAAAUAAUGCGUCAGUCAAUUUUUUCCUAAAACCUUUUUUCGGCAUAUUUUCCAAUUUGUGCGAAAAUUUUGUUUACAAACAAUGUUUUUCUUCACCGAUCAGCUGUGAAUUAAUGGUCUUUUUGUAAGGGUUACACAGAAACCACAAAAAAAGCCGUUCAUUGUUGAUGGUAAAUAUUUGCAAUUGCAUAAUUUCGCACACUCAGAUGCACAAGAUUCGGAAUUGCCCUAUGUUCUUAGGCAUGGACUCUUGCAAUAGAUAUUAAAGAUAUGACAAAAUUUACGGUUUCUGUAUUUUUUUUGCGCCAUGUGCAUAUCAUAAUCAAGUAUUUGAUUUAUGCCCCUAUUGCGGUUUUCAACCCGACUUGGUCGAAUUGAAGUUAAGGCAACUCAACUUCAGAUCAACCAAACUCUUUUUCGGUAUUGCGAACUUCAACUAAGUUCAGUCGAAAUAUGAUUGGUGUUGCCAACCUAAGAAAGGGAAAUUUGACAGAUAGUGAAACAGCUAAAAUUUUGUAAACGACAUAUUUAAACAAUUAAAUUCAGUUGUCGCUCGCGAAAAAGUGAAUAAACAUAUAUAAUAAACAAUAAAUAAAAAAUGGAUAUAAGUUUUGAUUUAUAUUACAAUGACGAAAAUACUGAGGGCAAAAUUGAUGUGCUACGUAUACGAAAAAGCCUUCGGGAUCACUCAAAUCCAUUGGAGCUUCCAAAUGCCAAUAAGCCAUAGUUUUUUCACAAUUGAAUUGCUUUUUAAUAAUGUUUGUUGCAGAUUCAUAAGUUAUUUUCGAUUAAAUAAAGAAGCAUUUUGUUUUUUACUGAAUGAGAUGAAGGAACAUUUCCACAAACUUGUGCGAGGAACGGCCAUACCUCCUAUAUUAAAACUAUUUAACAUUGGGUUGGCGCAACCUACGAUAUCUUUAGUAAUUAAAGAGGUUCUAAAUAUAAUUGAACAACGUAUUUGUGCCCAAUGGAUUAAAAUUCAAAUGACUGAGGUUUGCUCCAAACGCUUCAAAAGUUUCAUUUUAUUCAAAAAGUGCUUUCCCGGGAGUAGUUGGUUGCAUCAACGGGACUCAUGUUCGCAUAAUUUCACCAAGAAAAGAAGUGCAACAUCUUUACUUAACAGAAAGGGCUACUACUGUUUAAACGUGAUGAUUGUAUGUAUAAAAUCUGAAUUAUAUUAGAAACAAAAUGGUAUAAUUUCUUAAAAUUUUUAGCUUUGUGAUUAUAAAAUGUCUAUUCGGUAUGUGGAUGCUAGGCAUGCAGGCGCAAAUCAUGACUCUUUUGUUUUCAAUGUUAGCGAUUUGAAAGUGCAUUUGCAGAAUAACAUACAGAAUAACACUUGGAUCUUGGGCGACGCUGGCUAUCCUCUGCACAAAUUUUUAAUGACGCCUUAUCGCUUGGCGAAAGCUUCUUCACCCCAAGCACGCUACAAUACAGUACACUCAAAAGCCCGGAAUAUUGUCGAGCGGACAAUUGGUGUACUCAGGAGUAGAUUUCGAUGUCUUUUAUCUGUACGAGGUUUACAUUACACUCCCGAAAAGGCUACGCAAUUUGUGAAUGCUUGUUGCGCAUUGCACAAUAUUUGUCAACACUUUCAAGUGGAAUCUCCGGAAGAAAUACCAUCUACUUCACAUACUACAAUGACCAAUGAUAUUUUGGACAUAGAAAGAGAAGAAGAGGAUACGGCUCGAAUAAUUCGCAAUAAUAUUAUGACUUCCCUCUAAAUAAUUAAAAUAUUAAAUUUCAUUUAUUAUUUCUAAUGUGCUAUUUAU